AUGUCUGUUUACGAUAGUAAAGCAAAUUAUCAUCCAGUAUCAACUUUACCUGGCAGUUUACCACAUGGAUCAUAUCUUCUACCGGGUAAUGGCUAUUACAGUGUCGAAGGACGUUUACCUCGUCUUCGUUAUGAUACACAAAAAAUUCUAAAUGAUCCAAAAUAUACAUAUUCACAAAGUUAUCGAAUUGAUGCCAUGCAAGCAUUACAAAAUGUUAAAAAAGGUACUAGUUUACCUCGAUAUUAUACAUAUUAUCCACAUUUUGAAGCAGCUCGUGAACGACAUAUAUUUGUACCAAAAUAUUUUCCUAAUGAAAAUCCAUCGUGUUAUGAACAUAAAGGUUUACAACAUUUUAAAGAUUUGGCUUCAAAUUCACAAAGAUAUGCACUUCGAAGUAUUAAUAGUUUACCACCUAUUGAUUAUGUUACAAUACCACAAUCUGAUCAACAUGACGAAAUUUAUCGUACUUAUCAACCUAAAAUGCCUUAUGAUAUGAUGGUAUUACGUGAUGAACAAAUGUAUAAAACACCAUAUUCAAAAGAUUUUAUGACACGUAAUAAUACAUUUAUUUCAAGUACUACAUUGGUACCACGUGGAUGUUAA